GCUCUUGGGCGAGAGUGGAACGUGUAGCUUCACAGCUGAUCCCUAAUAAUAACCCAAGGAGACAGGCGCUCACGUUAUCCCUAACUUCCAGGGCCUGGAGUCUCUUCUGUAACGGGUGGAAUGGGCCCAGCCCCUGUCUCUAGAGCCUGCCAGGAAGAGAGUCUGCUUUUGAAGUUAAUGAGAAGGUGGCCUAAGGGAAAUAGGCUUACCUUACAAUAUUGCUUAAAUUUCUCACGUGGUAGCCGACCUGCAUUAACUUUGGUUUGAAAAGGAAGUGGGUUCUUAAGCUUUUUGCAACUGGCAUAACAUGCUGUCUUGUGGGCAAAGAAAUGCCUGUUUAACUGAGCUAUUGUUUCGUAGGAAGAAGCUAUUCAAGACCUAGGACAGAGUGGAUUUGAAUUUUAGUGGACCCAGUACAUCAAAAACAUUUAUUCAUUUGAAGUAUUGUGCAUGCUCAUCCAGAGUCAACUACAUGAAUGAAGUGAUGAUUUAGUUCUGGGAUGCUUCAUCUUAGGGAGUCAACGUUUCUUCUGGCAAGUAAUGUCUUCUUAGCUCUUACGGUUUGUGACAUGUGUCUCUGGUGUAACUUCAGGGCCUCAGCACCAGCUCAGACCAUGUGGACCGCGGAUGAGAUUGCGCGCCUAUGUUAUGAGCACUAUAGGGUCAGUCUGCCCAAGCAGGGGAAGCCUGAGCCCAACCGUGAGUGGACGUUACUAGCCGCCGUGGUGAAGAUACAGCCUAUAGCUGACCAGACCUGGGACUCCCCUGACAAACUGGUGCGAGUGACAAAGGAAGUUGUCUCAAUGGGAACAGGAACGAAAUGCAUAGGCCGGUCCAAAAUGAGGAAGAGUGGAGACAUCCUCAAUGAUAGUCAUGCUGAGGUCAUAGCCAGAAGGAGUUUCCAAAGGUACCUUCUCCAUCAGCUCCACUUGGUGGCUGCCCUGAAACAGGAGAGCAUCUUUGUCCCAGGAACUCAGAGAGGACUGUGGAAACUCAGACCAGACCUCUUGUUUGUGUUCUUCUCCAGCCAUACUCCCUGUGGGGAUGCCUCCAUCAUUCCGAUGCUUGAGUGUGAAGAUCAGCCUUGCUGUCCGGUCAGGACAGAUUGGGCCAAUAACCCAUCAAUGGAAGCCAGUGGUAACCUGAAACCUACUGAAGAUAAAAGCAAAUGUGAACGCCCAGAUAGUCCUGUGACCAAAAAGAUGAGGCUUGAGCCCGGGACUCCUGCCACAGAAGUCGCCAAUGGUGUGGCUCAACAUCAGAGUUUUGGCAAUCAGGAAAGUGGCCCGAUCCCACCAAGUGUCAGCAGCUCUAAUCUCACCUCAGGGGAACUGGCUGCUGUCACUGGAAUGGCCCCUGAUGGUGCCAAAGUAGUGGAUGUUCAUAGAACUGGAGCCAAGUGUGUGCCUGGAGAAGCUGGAGACUCGGGGAUGCCUGGUGUUGCGUAUCACCAGGUGGGGCUGCUCCGAGUGAAGCCAGGCCGGGGAGACAGGACUUGCUCCAUGUCCUGCAGUGACAAGGUGGCACGGUGGAACAUCCUCGGAUGCCAAGGGGCAUUGCUGAUGCACUUUUUAGAAGAGCCCAUCUACCUGUCAGCUGUGGUCAUCGGGAAGUGUCCGUACAGCCAGGAAGCCAUGCAGAGAGCACUGAUUAUGAGGUGUCAGAACGUCUCGGCUUUACCCAAAGGCUUUGGAGUUCAAGAAGUGAAAAUACAGCAGUCAGAUUUACUGUUUGAACAGAGCCGCUAUGCAGUGCAGGCAAAAAGGGCUGACAGCCCAGGCCGACUUGUUCCGUGCGGAGCAGCCAUCAGCUGGAGUGCAGUUCCCGAGCAGCCGUUGGAUGUUACUGCCAAUGGCUUUCCGCAGGGAGCAACAAAGAAAGGAAUCAGAAGCCUUCAGGCCAGAUCUCGAAUCAGCAAAGUGGAACUCUUUAGAUCAUUCCAGAAGCUUCUAAGCAGUAUUUCAGAUGACAAGUGGCCAGACUCCCUCAGGGCCUGCUGUCCCAGCACAGCCCUACCUGCUGGGCUGAGAAACCAGCUGGCAACUGGAGAAACAAGACCUUGGGGUGAUGGAGUGAGUGGCAGCACAGUCUCAACCAGCUCCAGACAGCAGUGUUCACUCACCUGUGCUGAAGGGCAGAUGGUGCAGCCCAGCCAUAUGCCUCUUUCAGGAAAGAUGGGCUAGUAUUUUGUUUGCAUAUAAUUUGGAGAAAUUCUACUCUAAAAUGAAGGAUGGCACAUAAACUAUGGUGCAAAGGUUACAAACCCCGAUAUUUUCAGGAGUAGGAAACUUAAAGAAAGGAGGUGAACUGAAAAGUGUAUUCCUUAUCCAAUGAGAAACCAGUAUUUUGUUCCUGCUGAUUGUUAUCAGAUCUUCCACAUUUUUUCAGAAGCAAGAAAAUUGGAUUUUUAUGUACAUGUCUAGGGGCCACUUAGAGACACAGGCACUCAACUUGUAACCUCGGUCUAGCAGAACAAGGGUGGCUCUAGGCUCUAGACCUGAGUUUGAACUGUGUGGCUCCAGGAUAUGCUGGUUGUGCGAUCUUAGGGAGGUAAGUAGAUUCUCAGGGUCAGUGUCCUUACCUGACAUGAGGGCAUCACCACCCCCUGGUGACGGGGCUGUGGGGAUGAGACAAUGUACAACAUAGGUGUGAGGGGGCUGCCUGCCAUGUGUACAGUGCCUGGCAGAUAGGGAACACCAGCCUUGGUCUGCCACUUCAGCUUAUAAGUGACUCUUUUCAAUUUGCCAGUCUCGAUUUCCAGAGCUUUUGCUGAUAAUCAUAAGAGAUUGUCCUCAGGAGAAGCUUAUGGGGCCAAUGUUUGUGAGGCUCUUGCUGCACACCAGGCAUUCGCAGGUUUGCUUGCGGGCACCUCUCCCUGCCACAUGUGGAAGCAGCAGCCUGUUUUCAGCAGCGACGGAGGUGAGGAAGCAAAGCUGUUGAUCACAGAGGUGUAUGUAGAUCCUCCUACCUAAUUCUAUGCUUUGCCUCCCACAUGUCAACACCAGGAUCUUUUUUUUCUCCCUGAGGAAAUAAAGAUGUAAAGGGGAACCAACUGCGCUUUUUAAAGCAUGCUACCAUUCAGUCUACUUAUAAGUGAGUGUUCUGAGAAUAAGAACACUUAUAUCGCCUCCUUCCAAAUUCUUCUAGAACAAGAUCCUCAGACCGCCUUUGGGACCAGUGCCCUAGUGCACACACCUGCCCCAGCCCUCCCUGUAGCCACGGCGUGUUUCAGCCACUGCUGCAAAAUUAAGCUGCGUUCGCACUUGUUAAGUAGGUUCUCGGCUCCAGGUGGACCAGUCAUGUACCUUCUAAACACCAUCAAUAUGCCAGGCAUUGUGCGAUGCCCCUGAGGUACAAGGAGAGGGGAUAGUCCUCUUGUUGCUCCUUGACCAGUAGGGAAGACGGGCAACUAACUGCCUUCGCAGUGGAAUAGUCCAGUGUGAAGAUGGCUAGGAUAGAGGUCCAGUACCCGAGCUGGGAGAGGAAGGUGCACGGGAAGUUUCAUUGGCCCAGGUAUACUUGAGCACGGAGGUGAAGGGGAAGGAUUAGGGGAUAGCAAGCAGACGGAAAUGGGGGUGCAUGUGGGGACAGUUUGGAAAGGAGGAUAUUUGAGGUAGAGAAUCACCAUAUGCAAAGGCCAGAGAUGAAAGCAGGCCAUGGCUGGGCUGGUGGAGUAUGGGAGGGGGAGAGGCAUUUGGGGGCCUGUUGGGGGAACUUUUUAUGCCCUGUGAAGAAUGGUUUUAUCCCGACAACUCAGCACUUCAGGGAUUUUGAGAAAAGAGAUGGGAUGGAAGUUGCAUUCUAGAAAUACACUCUCCUCUGUAGCAAGGAGGAUAGAUUGGCAGAGGCAGGGAUGGUGACAAGGAGACCACAGUUGGGCGGUUACUGUAGUAAUUAGAAGAGAAAUGAUGAGGCCCACCCAGACGACAAUGGUUUUAGGAGCCAUAGGAAGGGGACUGACUUGAGAAAUACAAAGGCUGGUGAGUCUGAUUGCAGGUAGGGGAGGAGGGAGUAUUGAGGGUGGCUUCCAGGUUACUGAGUAGGUGACAGGAUGGAACGUGGUGCCAUGUAUCAGGAAAAGGGAGCCAGGAAGAGGAGCUGGUCUUUGGGGGCAGGGCAGGAGAUGGAGGUGGGGAUGAUGAGCUGUUUCGGAGUUUGGGAUUUCUAUCAUAUCAUGAGGUAAGGACCUAGAGUGGGUAUUUUGAAGGACUGGUUUGGGGAUCAGGUGAGAGAUGGGCUGGAGAUAGAGAUUUUGGAGUCAUCUAUUUAUAGGUAGUCUUUGAAGACAUUGAUUAGGGUAAAAUCAACCAAAUUCUUACAGAAUAAGAAAAGGGGAUCCUGGACUGAACCCUGGGAACAGAGAGAGUUCAAGGGGAAGGUCGAGAAGCACAGGAAAGAGUACAACCAAGAGGGCAGAGGAAAAUCAGGAGAGAGCCAAUUACAAGCUUUAGGUGGGAAUAAUCCAAAAUGUAGAAUAUACUAAAAGAAAGAAACAAGGAAGGUAAGAACUAAGAACUUUGUCAUCCCCCCUCUUCCCUACUGGGAGACAAGGUUAUUUUUGGUAACCUCAGCAAACAGCAGGGUCAGGGAAGUGGAAGCCAGCCUCUCCUGGUUGGAGGAGUGAACGGAGGUGAGAAAUGGAGGCACCCAUGUGCUCUUUUUUGAGAAGGAUCCAAUCUCUGUUCUCACUGUGUACCUUAAAAACAAAACAUUCUGCAACGUUUCAAAAAUAACGGUAGAAAAUUGCCAGUAAACUUUUUGCUAUAUUUGUUUCAGGUUUUUACUUUCUGGAGAAAUAAAAAAUAACUAGUUGUAUUUGAAACCCCUCAUUUACCCCUCCCUGAUACUAUUCCCCAGCCACCACCCUGAAUUGCAUGAUUUAUACUUUUAUUACAUAAGUUUGUACCUGUAAGCAAUACAUACAAUUGUUUUGCAUGUUUCUAAACUUUAUAGAACUGAUAUGCUGAAUAUAUUUCUGCAUCUUGCUUUUCUCAUUCAUCGGUACCAUUUUGGAGACUUUCUUAUUUUGACAUACGUAGCGCUGCCGCAUUCACUUUAACUGCUGUAUGAAUAUACCACAUAUUAUCUCUUCAUUCUCCUGUUGGACAUUUGGUUGGUUUCCAGUUUUUUACUCAUACAAACAAGGCUGCAGUGAUCAUUCUUGUUUGUAUGUCUCUUGUACAUAGGUAGGAUAUAUCUAGGAUAUAUACCUAGACAUGGAAUUUGCUCGGCCAAGGGUUAUCUGCAUUUCAUCUUUACUGAAUAGUGUCAAAGUGCCUUCCAGUGUGAUAGCAUUAGUUUAUACUCGCAGCAGCAGUUAUGAGAAUUCCAGAGGCUUCACAUCCUAACAUUUUAUACGUUGAAACUUUACAUUUGGCCAAUGUGAUGUGUUUGAAAUGAUAUCCCAGUUUCCUUUCCUUUGCCUUUGCACAGGACUCCUAACUAACUACAUAGUGAAGUUUGUGUCUCUGCACAACCCGGAGGCCCCUGUGUACAUCGCAGUCUUCGUCAAAGGCACACCCGAGAGUUGGUGUCAUGUGCGACACACACGGUGGCCUUGAGUGACGGUUAUGGAGUUUUGUUAUCUUUUGCCCAUUGUUCUAUUGGGUUGUUUGUCUUAUUAAUUGCAAGAAUUCUUUAUUAUUCUGGAUAUUAAUUCUUUUUUGAUUUAUAUGUUACAAACAUCUUCACCUAAUCUGUAGUUUCUAUUGAUUUUGUUACAGUACAUUUUUUGUAUAAAAGAUUUUUACUUUAAGAUUUUUAUUUUUAUGUACUUAAAUUUAUCAAUCUUUUCCUUUCUCGUUUAUAUUUUUGCAUCUUGUCUAAGAUCUCCCUCCCUAAGUCAAGGUCAUAGAUACUCUAUUUUUUUUCUAGAUUUUUUUUUAAGUUUUGAUUUUCCACAUUUAGGUCUUGAAUUGACCCUGAAUUUAUUUUAGGCAUGAUGUAGUAAUAUGAAUCUGGUUUUUUUCAUAUAUAUAACCAAUUACAGAAUCAUGGAUUAACUAGUUCAUCAUUUCCCCUUUGAUUUUCAUGCCAUCACUAUUAUAUUUUAAACAUGAAUCUCUUUCUGGAUUUCUGUUGUGUUCCCCGACUUAUUUAUCUCUACGCCAUAUGGCACCAUCUUAAUAACUGCUAAGACAGGUCUCCCCAGAUUGUUUUCCUUAACACUUUUUGGUUAUUCUUGGCUUUUUGCUCUUCUAGAUGGAUUUUAGCAUGUUUCCAGAUUACACACACAAAAAAACUUUAUUGGGGUUUUUACUGGAAUUUCAUUCAACUCAUAGGUUAAUCUGGGGACAAUAUGCAUCUUUACAAUGUUGGGUGUUCUCAUCCUUGAAUAUGGUACAUUAGUACACAAGUAUCUCUUAUUUAGGUCUUUAUGUCCUUCAAUAAUGUUUUAUCAUUUUCUCCGUGAAGGUCUUGCAUAUCUUAUAUUUAUUUCUAUGCACUUAGAGAUUUUUCUCUUACUGAGAAUGAGAUCUUUCUUUCCUAUUAUAUUCCCCAGUUGGUUACAACUGGUAUGUAGAAACAUCAAUAUUUGUAACUUAUCUGGUAUCCAGCAACCAUGCUGAACUUUAUUUGUUCUAAUUUUUAUAGAUUCUCUUGGAUUUUUCUAUGUAGACUAUCACUGUCUGCAUGUAAAUAGUUCAGUCUUCCUAAUUUUUAUGCUUCUCGUUUACUUUUUCUCUCUUAUUGUAUUGGUUUUAUGCCAGGACAAUGUUAAGUAAAAGCUGUGAUAGACUUUUUUUAAACAGCUUUAUUGAGAUGUACUUCAUAUAUCAAAGUCCUGACUUCCUUCUUUAGUUCCUGUUUUUAAUGGGAAUGUGUCUAAAAUUUUACCAUAUAAGUAACCAGUUGUCACAGUACCAUUUAUAUUUGUUGACUGGUUCAUCAUUUCCCUACUGAUUUGUCAGGCAACCUCUGACAUGUUUUAUUAUACACAGAUCUACUUCUGGGUUUUGUUCCUUUAAUGGAUGUCUAUCCCAAUGUCAGUACCACACUGCCUUAUUUAUGGGUAUUUUGAGGGACUGGUUUGGGGAUCAGGUGAGAGAUGGACUGGAGAUAGAGAUUUUGGAGUCAUCUAUUUAUAGGUAGUUAUUUACCAUAGCUUUAUAUAAUGUACAUACUUGCUAUAGAUUUUUGAUGAAUUUCCUUUAUCAAAUUAAAGUGCCCUUCUAAAUUUGCUAAGGGUUUAUUAUUAUUAUUAUUAUUAUUAUUAUUAUUAUUAUUAUAUAAUGGGUUUUGAGUUGUUUCGGGUGCUUUUUCUUCAUCUAUGAACACAUAUAUGCUUUGUUAAUGUAGUAUAUUUUUUUAAUAGACAUAAUGAGGAACUACAUAAUCCAUUCUUGGACUAAGUUCUGCCUGGUGAGGACUAUUUAAGUGUACUGCUGAAUUUUAUUUACUAAGAUAACUUUUAAAACCUUCAAUCAGGUGCUGCAUUUUAAAGGUAACAUUGACAAGUCCAAUUUUAUUAGAUAUUACAAAUAAGGCUGCUUUCCUCAGUAGUUUUUAUAGGUAAUCGUCUCUCCUCUGUUCCAAUACUUUCUACUAUAGCACUUACAGCAUUGCUUUAUAAUUAUUUGUGUCGGUUUACUACCAGACCAUAAGCUCCAGUAGGAUGGGGUGAUGCUUUACUCAUAUUUGUGCCCGUGUCUGUCCAGCAUAGUGUGAGGCACACUGUAAGUAGAAAACAGACAUCACGAGAUGAUUUGAUACUGCCAACUGCAGUUGUUCCUCUUAAAUCUCAAAUGUGGUGUCUCAGUUUUCCCAGUUGUUAGCAGUGUGGCUGUGGGAAUUACAUUACCUAUUUAUGAGGGGUUUUUGAAGAUUAAUCACGAUAAUGUAUGCAAAUUAUCUGGUACCCAGUGAAUGCUCAAUAAAUGCUAACUAUAAAUUACUUUUAAAAGAAAAAAUCACAGUUGGCUACGGUGACACUUGCCUUUUGAUUUUCUUCUUCCCUCUAUUCUCAGUUGCAUUUGUGGGUUUGUGGUUGUGAAACAGAAACAGAUCAAAGCGCCUCUGGAACACUGUCCCUCCUCCAUGUCUGCAUAAUUCUGUUCUGUUCACAUGGUUAAGGAGGGGUUCACUGCUGCCUCCCACCAGUUCCUGCCCCAUGUAGAGGGCUGUUUAGUAAUUCAAGCAAGGCCAGAGUCCUCCCAGAGACUUUUGACGUUGUUCUCAGAAGAAAUGCUCUUCCUUCUACUGGAGUUGCUAAGCUGAUGAGGCCAUCUUUGCCAUCACAUGGAAGGAAUCUGCCUGAGAAUGAAGUAAACACAGAGGAAAACAAAACGAAGAGAUGGAAAGACUUUUGAUGUUAUCAUUUGAUCUCUGGUUCGAGCUAUGCCUGAAGCCAGUGAACCAUCCCUAUUUGAUAGAUGAAAUAAUAAAUUGCCUUUGUAGAGCGUUAGCCAGUUUGAGUUUGGUAUAUGUCACUGCAAACAAGAUUCCUUAUAACACAGAGUGUUCCUUCCCUUUACCGUGCUCACUUAUAGGCCAGUUUCUCCCUGCUUCUAGUUUGAAACUACCAGCAAAGAGGACCACAGAUUUUAAUGGGUCAGGUUUGGGAAAGACCAACAAACUGCCAAGACAAGAAUAUUUCUUCUGAUCCCAAUUGGGAAGCUGUCAUCAGUAGCGAGCUCUGACAGGUUGCUUAUAUAAUUUGGUAAAAAUGAAGCUAAAGAUCUUUGUUUCUUUCCCAGUAGAUAUUUGACAGUCAUUUUAACUACAUUUUCUUACAUCACUGAGUGAUACCUGAUUUCUUUAUUCUAAUGAUCCAUGUAGGUCUCUAGCCUCCAACAUAGUCCAUCUAAGGAAGAUUUAGGAAAGUAAGCAUUUCCUCUGAGAUGCGUUGGUGUCCUGGCAAGCCUACACAUCUAUACUAAUUUGUGAGAAAUCAUGAAACUCACAGGCAUGGAAAAACAAAUCUAAAUCUUGAUUUUUAGAAAGAAAGUAUUGAAGAGCAACAGCCUAUAAAGGCUGUGUGUGCAUGGUUAUCAUUCCAACACUGUAUGUAACAGUGAAAGAUUGCAAACAACACCAAUGUAUCUUAACCUCCCAUUAAUAGGAGACUAGUUAAGUAAUAAUGAUACAUCCACACAGUGUAAUACUAUUUGCUAUGAAAAUAAAAAGACUAUGGACUGAUAUGGAAGGAUCACCAGGAUAUACUGUUAAAUGAAAAAAGCAAUAUACAUAAACAUAUGUGGGUUUUUUUGUAUAAGAAAAUAAGGACAUAUAUUCAUAUUUAAUUGUACUUCCAAAGUAAAUAGUAAAAAGAAACAAGCCAGUAAAAGUAGUUUCCCAUAAGGCAGAGGGUUCAGGUGGUCAGAAGACAGUGGUAGGAGCUCUCAAUAUAUACCUUUUUAUAGAGGCUUGAUAUCUGAACCAUGUGAACAUUUUAACCACUUAAAAGAAAAUGUCCCUACUUAUGACACAGGCCAUUGCUUUCUGUUCCUGGCUGUGAUGCCAUGGGCCCCACAAACUCUCCUCCUGGCCCAGCAGACAUAGGAGCUACUUCUCUGACCAAUCUAAAAGAUGGUGAAUAAAGGACGUGGUCACACUGCAAUGCCUUUAUAAGAGGAAGUUUUAUUGUUAAUUAUUUACCUUAGUAGUUUCAGAAAGAGGAACAGAUUAGCUCAGUCCAACAUGAUUGGCAGUUGGCAAAGUCUAGUGAAGCAAGUGUUCUGACUGCUAAGGAUUUAAUUUGGAUGCUUUUAAUACUUAGCCAUCUAACACUUCAAACAUAAUCCAGAAUAAAUGCAUCAUCUCCCUCCCUUUCACUUCAAUACCCCACCUACCUCACUUCAAUAUGGAAAUAUCUUCAUUAAAUAUGAUUCCCAUAGGAACAGUUCUCUGGAGAGUACAGCCAUGAGGACAGUGCACAAAAAGAAAAACUCAAAAUAAAACUCUGUAUGAUAAUUUACUAGUCUAAGGAAACAAAACCUUCCAAUAUAUUAAGAAAUCAAUCCAGUUACAAAUGCACUAAUAGGUCUAUGUGAAGAGGUUCUGGUAUAGUAACUGAAAACAGCCGGCUAUUUACAAGAUACACAAGCAGGAACGGUGCAC